GAAGGUGGACCGGUCGGGAGCCCACUUUGGCUAGUUGAAGCGGAUGAUUCUGAAAGAGUUCGUCAUAUUCAUGCGGGAGGAAGGGAGAUUCAAAUACUACCGCAUCAUAUGACAGAUGUCCCUGUGAUGAAUUGUUAGCGUAUCCCCAUGGGUUCAGCACGACCUCUCACUAAUCAUGGAUGAGAGCCUCCCGCACUUGAUAAGUCCCGCAGGCUCGCCACGUAUAGCAGGACGGCGCCCGUAUGAAGAGGUUCUGCAUGGUGAUUCGAUUUUUGUCUAUCGGAACAAUAUCUCGACCGGGAAUGUCCGUUCCUGCAAAGCGAUAGCUGACGGAACGCAGUAUACAUGGGAUUACAGAUACCCAACCUACAGUACCGCACUACUUUGGAGGACGGUUGGUGGCGAUAAUGCACCAGAUGCAUCUGGGAGCGUUUUGUGCCUGGGAAAACCAGAUGACUCUCAUGUUCGCGUUGUGCUCUUUCAGAAUUUUGAGGGGCAGGUGGUGAGGUCAGAAGACGUGCGUGGCCCUGAUGGUGCUACGUUUAAGGGAGGAUUUCUCCUACUGGAGGAGAUCCGGCAAUCUGAGAUUGUGAUGAGUUGACAAAAAGGGGAGAGAUUAAUCAAUUGGUAGUUAACUAGUUAGCUGAACCCUAUUGCUGCCUGACUGCCUUGACUCGGUGCCUGACAUGUGCCUAAUCCUGUAAUCAUCGUACUAGCG